CGGUCGCCCGAGCCGGAGCCGCCUCUGCUCGCGCGUCCCCGCGGCGUCCGCCUCCCCGCCUGAAGAGAGACCCUCCGCUCGGCGUCUCCCGCGCCGGGGAAGCCUCGGCGCCGCCGGCACCAUGAGUGAACAGAGUAUCUGUCAGGCAAGAGCUGCUGUGAUGGUUUAUGAUGAUGCCAAUAAGAAGUGGGUGCCAGCUGGUGGCUCAACUGGGUUCAGCAGAGUACAUAUAUAUCACCAUACAGGCAACAACACAUUCAGAGUGGUGGGCAGAAAGAUUCAAGAUCAUCAGGUCGUGAUAAAUUGUGCCAUUCCUAAAGGGCUGAAGUACAAUCAAGCUACACAGACUUUCCACCAAUGGCGGGAUGCUAGACAGGUGUAUGGUCUCAACUUUGGCAGCAAAGAGGAUGCCAAUGUCUUCGCAAGUGCCAUGAUGCAUGCCUUAGAAGUGUUAAAUUCACAGGAAGCAGCCCAGAGCAAGGUUACUGCUACCCAGGACAGCACUAAUUUGCGAUGUAUUUUCUGUGUGUUCUAUUUAGGGCCAACAUUGCCUAGACAAAAUACACAGCUACCUGCUCAAGUUCAAAAUGGCCCAUCCCAAGAAGAGUUGGAAAUCCAGAGAAGGCAGCUGCAAGAACAGCAGCGACAGAAGGAUCUGGAGAGGGAGAGGCUGGAAAGAGAAAGAAUGGAGAGGGAAAGGCUGGAGAGAGAACGACUAGAAAGAGAGAGGCUAGAGAGGGAGCGCCUGGAACAAGAGCAGCUGGAGCGGCAGAGGCAGGAAAGGGAGCACAUGGAGCGCCUGGAGAGGGAGCGGCUGGAGCGCCUGGAGAGGGAGCGGCAAGACCGAGAGCGCCUGGAGCAGCUGGAGCGCGAGCAAGUGGAGUGGGAGCGGGAGCGCAGAGUGUCCAAUGCUGCUCCAUCUUCAGACAGCUCCCUGUAUAAUGCUCCACUUCCUGAGUAUUCCAGUUGCCAGCCUCCUUCAGCACCUCCUCCAUCAUAUGCUAAAGUCAUCUCAGCUCCAGUGUCAGAUGCCACUCCUGAUUACGCUGUAGUGACUGCUUUGCCACCUACUUCCACACCCCCUACACCACCACUGCGACACUCAGCGACACGUUUUGCAACAUCUCUAGGUUCAGCCUUCCACCCUGUUCUUCCCCAUUAUGCUACAGUUCCUCGUCCUCUGAACAAAAACUCUCGACCUUCUUCUCCUGUGAACACACCCUCUUCUCAGCCUCCAGCUGCGAAGUCCUGUGCCUGGUCUACUUCCAAUUUCUCGCCCCUCCCUCCAUCUCCUCCGAUAAUGAUUAGCAGUCCUCCUGGCAAAGCUACUGGCCCAAGGCCUGUCCUCCCCGUUUGUGUCUCCUCUCCUGUGCCCCAAAUGCCUCCGUCACCGACAGCACCCAAUGGGCUGCUGGACUCUGUAACAUACCCAGUGUCCCCACCGCCUACCUCAGGGCCAGCAGCGCCACCUCCUCCGCCACCGCCGCCUCCACCACCACCGCCACCACCGCCGCUGCCUCCCCUCGCCUCACUCUCACACUGUGGAUCACAGGCUUCUCCUCCUCCAGGCACCCCUCUUGCCUCAACUCCCUCAUCCAAGCCCAGUGUUCUCCCUUCUCCCUCUGCAGCUGCCCCUGCCUCUGUGGAGACCCCUCUAAAUCCUGAGCUGGGAGACUCCUCUGCUUCCGAGCCAGGCUUGCAGGCAGCCUCUCAGCCGGCCGAGACGCCAACCCCACAGGGCCUUGUCUUGGGACCACCUGCACCUCCACCACCUCCACCCCUCCCACCUGGCCCUAACCACACCUCAGCACUCCCUCCUCCCCCUGGACCUCCUCCACCACCUCCACUUCCAUCCACUGGGCCUCCUCCACCGCCUCCCCCACCCCCUCUUCCUAACCAAGUUCCUCCCCCUCCUCCCCCACCUCCUGCCCCUCCCCUCCCUGCAUCUGGAUUUUUCUCUGGAUCUAUGUCAGAAGACAAUCGCCCUUUAACUGGACUUGCAGCUGCAAUUGCAGGAGCAAAACUUAGGAAAGUGUCUCGGGUGGAGGAUGGCUCUUUCCCAAGUGGAGGGGGUACUGUAGGUGUGAACUUGGCCUCAUCCAAAGGAGAUGCUGGUCGUGGGAAUGGACCCCUUCCUCUAGGGGGGAGUGGCUUAAUGGAAGAGAUGAGUGCCCUGCUGGCCAGGAGGAGAAGAAUUGCUGAAAAGGGGUCAACAAUAGAAACAGAACAAAAAGAAGACAGAAGUGAAGAUUCAGAACCUAUAACUUCCAAGGCCUCUACAACAAGUACACCUGAACCAGCUAGAAAACCUUGGGAGAGAACAAACACAAUGAAUGGCAGUAAGUCACCUGUCAUCUCCAGACGGGAUUCUCCAAGGAAAAAUCAGAUUGUUUUUGACAACAGGUCCUAUGAUUCAUUACACAGACCCAAGUCUACACCUUCGUCACAGCCCAGUGCCAAUGGAGUCCAGACAGAAGGACUCGACUAUGACAGACUGAAGCAGGACAUUUUAGAUGAGAUGAGAAAAGAACUGACAAAGCUGAAGGAAGAGCUUAUUGAUGCAAUCAGGCAGGAACUGAGCAAGUCGAACACUGCAUAGAGAAGCAAACUGAGGAGAGACAGGACUGAAUCUGGAGAAAAACAAAACUUCCUACAAACAACUGUUAACACCCCCUACGAUUUUUAAGCUGUGAGAAGAAACUGGAUACACAGUCAGGAGGGGAAAACGCGCCAACCUCUGAAAACCUUCAGAUGCAGCAACUCUGAAUCAGCUGCGCCCUCCCAGCGUGCUGCUCUUGUCCUGACCUUUACUGCAGGAUGAAGAAUUGUGUUUGAGUUCCCAAGCAGUACUAAACCCGGCAGGCAAGAAGUAUUUUCAUGUCUAGGUGAAACUGCACGUUUUCCACAAUCCAUUGCUAAAAUAAAGAAGAGAAAGGCUUAGGGGGUUUUUAAGAAGGCGCUGAUGAAGCAUUUAAUUUAGCAAGUUCUGCUGUUGCAUUGUAAACGUUUCUCUCAGGUUUGUCUUCCUAUCAUAUUUGAUAUUCCACGAAGAGUUAAGAUCAUAAAGUAUGGAACAUAUGGAAUUGUAUGUGCUUUCAAAGGGUGGUAUUUAUCAGAAAGGACCUACAAUGUUUAGUCCCACUUGAGGAAUUUUAGAAUGAUAGGAAGUCUUUCGGGUUAGCCUUCAUGCAGUUUUGUAGUUUAAAACAAAAUCCGUCCAGAAUUUAAAGAUUUAGAUGCCUUCCUAAAUUGUUACAAUGCUUUACCAAAUCUAUGACUUAUAUAUAACAAACAGUGGUCAAAUGUAAAACAUUCUAUUAUAGAUUUACUGUAGGUUUUCAACCUUUUUUAGACUUAUGCAUGCGGACAUUUUUAUAAUAUAAUUACAAUCACCACAAAGUUAGCUUUUUUAAUUACAGACAAUAAUGCAUGUCACACUAAUAUGUAGUGGCCUUUUCAAGGCCUAGUCCCAGGGAAAAUAUUUUGUAGAAUAUAGGGAAGUGGGAGGAUGGGGAGGAAUAAUUUUUUAUUUAAAGUUAAUUCUGCACUAUCUUUUUUUUCUCAAUAAUCUGCAUGAAUUAUAAUGAGAAACACCUUGUGACUUUAAUCGAUAAACAUGUUAACAAAACCAAGUACUUAAUCUUUUACGUCAUGUCUUCAGCUGUUUGUAUGUUAACCAGCAAUGUCAAUGGUCUGAAGCAUGAUUCUGAGCUUCACAGGAGUUAUGUCUCGCUGUGGAACUCAAAAGUUUGAUCCCUGAAUUUAGCAGUUGCUGUCACUAGGUCCCUGCAGUGCUGCAGGUGUUUGGGUACAUGCUCCUGACUUUGAAGCUGCUCUUGACCUUUGCUGUGCUAAAAUACAGGAAAUAUCAAUGGUGGCAGCAAUUAGGGUCACAGAAAUUACCAGGUAACGGGAAACCAAUGGGGAAUUCUGCAGUUUUCUUUUAGUAAAAUUGAAGUGAGACUUAGGUGGUAGGAAGGGUCUGAUGCUGUUAGGCCCUGAUGGUGUGUGUGUGUGUGUGUGUGUGUGUGUGUGUGUGUGAGAGAGAGAGAGAGAGAGAGAGAGAGAGAGAGAGAGAGAGAGAGAGAGAAUGUGAUGGGGAUGUGUUCUACCCCUUUAUGAUAUAAUUGGCAAGGUUAAAAUAAGGGAUAAAUCCUAUUUGUUGUAAUGUUAGCUGCUUUUUGGAAAAUCUAGGAAAUCAAAAGUUCUCCAGGCUCUCCAUCACAAUUUAUGCUUGAGUUAUUAAUGUGCCAUACUUGCUUUGGAAUCUUUUACUAAAAAAGAAAAUGGAAGAAAUAACCCACUUUCAUUUGCUUUCUAGAUUUCAGACUUCUCAGUUUUAAAGCAAACUUGGUGAUCGUGUGGUUUUCUAAACAUUACAGUUCGCACUCAAUACAGAGAAGUCGAAUGAGGUUUUUUUUUUCCUUUGUAAGAGUUUGUUUCUGUAGAAACUUUACUUUUAGAUUAAACUGUGAGGGAUGAGCUAUCAUAGUUCAAAUACACAGCUCUUUUUCUACCCAUUGUUGUCAUGCAGUAAUAGUAAAGGCAUUAAUGAUGUGGCAAGCUUAUAAAUUGUUCUCUACAAGAAAUAGGCGUUUCAUUUUACUGUUGAACUUGGAUUAUGCAGCUACUUUAAUAAUGUAAAUGUGUACAUCCCUUACAGAUCUGAUCAAAAAUCACUCGAUUUGUUGCUGAAGUGAAAUAGUCUAUAGUAGGUAGAGUACAGGAUAUAAGUGGUCCAAAGUGAGACAGAGUACUAAAGGCAAAUGCUAAGUCCUAAAAGAAACUGGUUUAUGCACUAAACGUUUUGUGCCUUGGUCUAAUAUUUAACACAAUGUCUGUGUAAGAUGAUAAAAAAAAAAAAGAACCAGUGUUGACUCAUGCUAUAUCCUCCAUAAUAUUGCAUUAUCCCACAUGGCUAAAUGUAUUCCUUCUUAGAAGCUUAAUUGGACCAUUCUAUGCGUUCACUGUCAUACAUGACAGUCUUGUCAUUGUUAGAGAUUUCAGUGAUUAAAAUGGGAAACAGAAGCUUAGGUUAUUUUCCCAAAACAGUUCCUUGAAAGCAUAUGAUGAUGAUGAUGAUGGGUUUUGCUUUUGUGUGUUGAAUGUCUUCAGCUGAGUACAGUUUAGGGACCCUUUCUAGCUACAGGAAGGCACUGCUCUCCUCAACACUGUGAUCUGACCUGCGACAACUCCGUACAACACACUUUGUGAAUGGCUAGCAAGUCGAUAGCGAACUGACUGAAUGUACAAACCUUAGUGCUGGUGCUGAGAUCUCUGAAGAAUAGUCGUCAUGAUCUCAAAGUCUGUCUAAAGACUUACAGACCUAAUGUGUCAAUCAGAACUAAAGAUGAAACACUGAUGAAUGUUGAAUCCUCAUGCUGCAGGUGUGUUUCCUGUUUAGGUUUUUCAGUUCUCUGCUGUUUUUACCAUACCUGUUUCAUUUAAAUUUCCUACACGCUAACUUCAUUUGUGCGAUUGAAAUAAAAUUUCAGUAUAUACA